GAGCUGUGCUCUCCUAACUAAAUUAUUUAGGGCAACUGUUUAGAGAUCACUAUCUUGCCAAGUAUUAUACACUGGACAUUCAGGCUCACUGACUAAUUCAGCUUUUAGAAGAGUUCUUCAAGUUGUAAUUUUUCCCAAUCAAGAACACUGCUUGACUCCCACUGGCCUACUUUCUUCAGUGACAGCAUUUUAAAACAUCCUCCUUCAUAUCCUUUUUCCUUUGAAGUGGCUUUUAUUUAGUUUUAUUCUGGUUCAAAAAAUACCAUUGUUGAGAACAUAUGAGAAAUAAAAUCUCAAAAAACUGAACCCCACAUUCUAACUACUUUCCUGUAUGUACACAUAUUAUUUCUUAGAAUAGAAUUGUUAGUAGCACAGUGCCUGGCACAUAGUAAACAUUUAAUAAAUUCUUGUUAAUGAUUGGUGAAUUUAGUUUUGAUGACUUAGAGGACUUGGACUGAUUCGAAGCAGAUUUUUUUUUCUCUCUUUGCUGAUAUCAAUUUCAUUGUAAUUUUGAAUAUGUAGAGAAGAUUUUUUCUUUUGGCGAGAAGCUUAUUUUUCCACAUAGAGUAUGCUAAUUCUAAUAGUGCUUUCUAAACACAGCAACAUUUAGGUAAUCAUCAAGAAGUUUGGCUUGAACAAAAUAUGUAUAUAAAUUAAAAAAAAUAAAAAAUUUAAAGUAUUACAUAGUAGAUUUAGUAAGUUUCAUAUAGGUAUUAAGAAUCUCAGUAAGGAAGGGAUAGUUCUUGAGUAAUGCUUUUUCCCCCGAGAAUUUAAAAAGUGACGUUUCUAGGCACUAUGUAGAAAAAUCAAUAAUUUUUAUAUGAAAUAUCCCCCAGAGAUGUCUUAUGUGCUGUUUUUGAAAUAAAUGUUUGUAAGGAGGAUUUUUGGAAGGUAUUUGAACAAAUCAUAAAGGUAAUAAUAACAUAAGAGUAAAUGUACUAGAAAAAUGUCAGAUUAGCUACGAAGUGGUUUCUAGUUUUGUUUUCCUACUUACUGGUUAUGAGGCCUUUGUUGAUCUUUUAAUUUAAAGUUGCCCCUCUGCUUUGUAGAUUCUUAUCUGUAAUUUGAAGUUAUUGAUACCUGACAAUUACAACUAGAUCAUAGGCCUAUAGAGCUAGAAGAGCUUUAGAGGCAUUUGAGUCUAACCUCAUUUUACAGAUGAGGAAGAAACGGGAAAUAGAGAGGGAAUCACAUGGAGGAAGGUAGAGCAUGACUAUGAGGCUCUUCAAGAAAGACUCAGCACAUUGCCUGAUAAACUCUCUUAUGAUAUUAUGGUACCUUUUGGUCCUCUUGCCUUCAUGCCAGGACAACUUGUUAGUACCAAUGAAGUCACGGUUUUACUUGGGGACAACUGGUUUUGCAAAUGCUCAGCAAAGCAGGCUGUAGGUUUAGUAGAACAUAGGAAAAAACAUGUUCGAAAAGCACUGGAUGAUUUAAAAAAAGUGAUGAAGAACUUUGAAUCCAGAGUUGAAUUCACAGAAGACUUAAAAAGAAUGAGUGAUGCAGCAGGUGAUAUUGUUGAUAUAAGAGAAGACAUUAAAAAUGACAUUGAAGUUAAAGGAAAGCACAGAACUGCUCAUAAGCCUCAUUCAAAACCAAAAACUUUAGAUGUAUUUGAAGCAGAUUUUGUAGAUGAUUCAAAAUCCAAAGACAAUUUCCUCAGUGAGAAGGAACUAUGGGCUCGACUUGAUGAACUAGAAAGACAAGAAGAUCUUUUGGGUGAACUCAGUAGAAAAUCUGAUACCUUGUUUGCAAAUGGAGAAGAUAUGACUUCUUCUGAAGAGGAGAAGGAAGAUCAAAAGACAGAUGUCAUGAAACACAGAAUAACAGAUUCUUUUACUCAGGGCAGUUUUCAAAAGGACAUUACAAAUUCAAAAUUACUCAAUGGUCAAGUAAAUGGUUCAAGUUCUUAUAGUAAUGAUGAUGAUGAUGAUGAUGAUGAUUUAGGAGUUGGAGAUAAUUCUGUACCAACUAUAUAUUUUUCUCAUACAGUUGAACCUAAGAGGGUAAGAAUAAAUACUGGAAAAAAUACUACUUUAAAAUUCAGUGAAAAGAAAGAAGAAGCCAAACGUAAACGGAGGAAUAGUAAUGGCAACAGUAGCCAUUGUAUUCCAGAACUUCCUAAUAUCAGAACUCCUGCUGAUGUCUAUAGAGUCUUUGUUGAUGUUGUGAAUGGAGAAUAUGUCCCUCGUAAAUCAAUUUUGAAGUCUCGGAGCAGAGAGAAUAGUGUAUGCAGUGACACCAGUGAAAGCAGUGCUGCUGAGCUUGAGGACCGGCGAGGAGGGAUAAGGAGCCUCAGUCAUGAUGAGGCCGCCUGCAGUGAUGCCAGUGAAGGGAUUUUGGAGGAAGAAGAGGAUGAGCAUGAAAAUCAACAGAAAAAACUGUUAUCCCUAUCAGGAAAACUUGAGGCUUUUUCUGGAACUGUAAUAGAAAAGGAACUUUUAUCUCCUAUAAUACCACACCCAGGCACUGUUCAUCCUGCAUUACCAACCAUACCUGAGCGAAAAGAAGUUUUGACAGAAGUAUCAGAAGAAACUACAAAAAGGAUUUCAAAAUUCAAAGCUGCCAGAUUGCAACAGAGAAACUAGGCCUGCCUAGGAAAUGGAAAUUUGCAUCUUAAAGCACAGUUUUGCAAUUUGUUAUGAAUGUCACUUACAAGUAGUUAGGAGUAAUGCAUCCUGUGUUAUUUUGGCAGCAAGUUAUUUUUACCUCUUUAUCAGUGGUAUUUAAAAAAAUAAAAAAUAAAUGUUUGAAUACUUGAAUAUUCAGUUUAUUUUGUUAAUUUUUCUCUCUGCUGUCAGUACCUUUGUCUAUAUUUGCCUCAUGAUGCAGUAACAGCAUUUGGAAUUAUUUUUCAAAGAAUACUAUUCACAUGCAUUGUUUUUGUGUUUCAACCUAAGUACAGGCAGUUUUGUGCCAGCUGUGAUGUUCUACAUACCAUAUGGACCAUUUUAAAGAAACUUUAAAAAUUUCCAAUGGAUUCAACAAUUAUAUUUCAUUACUUGCUUUAGCAUUUUAAAGACAGUUUUGUAUCUACAUUGUUGUAGGUUUUGCAAAUAGGUGGCUGUUUUGGAAUUUGUUUCUUUUCCCCUUCCAGUAAUUUCUCUUAUAAUGUAACAAUCUUUGAGGCAGAAAAACUGUUUACAUACUCUAGAGGGAAGUUUCUUUGAUGGGAAAAAUGGUAUUUUGUAAAAUAGAAUUUUUCAAGUAAAAAAAUAAUGAAAUCUA